AUGCCGCGUCUUUCAGAAUUUGCGGCUGCCGCAUCGAUAAACACAACUCAGGCAACCCGCUCAGCUGCAGCAGCACCAGCAGCAGCAGCAGCAGCAGCAGCAGGAGCAGCAGCAGCAGGAGUAGCAGGAGUAGCAGUAGCAGCAGCAGGAGUAGCAGCAGCAGCAGCAGGAGCAGGAGCAGCAGGAGGAAAGGAGGAGGAGCAGCAGCAGCAGGAGCAGCAGCAGCAGCAGGAAUAG